AUGAUGGCUCGUUUGUGCAAAGAUGAAACUCCAGAUCAAAAAUGGAUGAUCCUAGAUGGACCCGUCGAUACACUUUGGAUUGAAUCUAUGAAUACAGUGCUAGACGACAAUAAAGUAUUGACCCUACUGAAUGGUGAUAGAAUCUCAUUACCUCCAUAAAUGGGAUUGAUUUUUGAAGUGGAGAAUCUUGCAGUCGCCUCACCAGCCACAGUAUCAAGAGCAGGCAUGGUUUAUUUGGACAUAAAUGAUCUUGGAUGGAGACCCUACAUUGAGAGUUGGGUUGAGAAACUGACAGAUCCUUUGGUUUAAGAAACCAUCCUUGAAUUCAUAGAGAGAUGGAUUCCUAAACUCUUCAAACAAAGAAAGUGGUGCAAAGAAAUCAUCCCAUGCAGUGAAACCAAUGUCAUUAUCUCAUUCUGUAAUUUGAUGGAUUGUUUCUUUAAGAGUGAAAAGCAAUUGUCUAUGGACAUCCAGAACAAGAGUGAUGUCUAUUGGACACUCCUUGAAAAGUGGUUUACAUUUGGAUUGGUGUGGAGCAUAGGAGCUACAGUAGAUGAAGAUGGUCGUCGUAUUAUUGACUAAUAGAUGCGUGAUAUUGAUUUGAUCUUCCCCAGUCAAAAUACAGUCUAUGAUUUCUUUGUAAACAGUGAUAAAAAUGAAUGGGCUUCAUGGGAUGAAAAAUUGGGUACUGGUCAAUGGAAACCUGAAAAUAAUAGUCCAUAUCACAAAAUGCUUGUACCAACAACUGAUUAAGUCAGAAACAAGAACAUCAUCACCAGAUUAAUCAGUAAUAAAAACGCUGUGUUGGCUGUAGGAUUGACAGGCACUGGAAAGACAGUUUUAUUGAAUGGAGUACUCCUAUAGAUGUUUGAAUACACUACCAUGAAUAUUGUGUUUUCAGCUCAAACUUCCUCAUAGAAGACUCAAGAAAUGAUUGAAAGUAAAUUGGUUAAGAGAUCUAAAAAUAAGAUGAUUCCUGAUGGCAAGAAAAUGAUCAUAUUUAUUGAUGAUCUCAAUAUGCCCAGAAAAGAUAUUUAUGGAAGUCAACCACCUCUUGAACUUAUUCGUUAAUGGAUGGAUUACGAAGGAUGGUUUGAUCGUACAAACAGAGAGUUGUUCAAAUUUAUUUUAGAUAUUCAAUUCGUAUCAGCUAUGGGACCUCCAGGUGGUGGUAGAGCUGAAAUUUCAACAAGAAUUCAAAACAAAUUCCAUGUCAUCAAUUUUGUUGUGCUUUCAGAUCAAUAAGUCAAGAGAAUCUAUUAAUCAAUUUUGGCUUAUAAAUUUUAAGAAUUCGAAGAUGAAAUCAAAUUACUCAUUGAACCCAUUGCCUAAGCCACUUACAACUUAUUCUAGAUGGUCACAAAUAACUUUUUGCCUACUCCUGCCAAAUCUCAUUAUGUCUUCAACAUGAGAGACAUCUCCAAAGUCAUUUAAGGAGUCUACUAAUUAGACAGAUUGUAUUGUGAUAACAAAAUGACUGUACUUAGAUUGUGGGCACAUGAAUGUCUAAGAGUAUUCCAUGAUAGACUUAUUAGUGUUGAGGAUAGAUAAUUAUGCAAAUAAUUGAUCAAUGAUCAACUAGUCUCAUGUCUUCAAACCACAAUCAAAGAUUGUACUAAUGAAAAUGAAGAUGACACAGUCUUUGCUAAUUUCAUGGAAGAGAGUGGAGGCAAAUACAUCGAAGUGACAUACAAUGACAGAGAGAAUCUGAAGAAAUUCUUGGAGGAGAAAUUAGUUUAAUUCAACACUGAAAACAAAUCUAAGGCCAUGAACAUAGUUCUCUUUUAAGAAGCCGUCCAUUAUAUUUGUAAGAUCAAUCGUAUUAUUAAUUUGGGUAAAGGACACGGAAUGCUUGUUGGAGAAGGUGGUGCUGGUAGACACUCACUCACCAAAUUAGCCACUCAUAUUGCUGAAUACAAGAGUUGGUAGAUAGAAGUCAGUAAGAAUUACAGAANACAGUAGAUGAAGAUGGUCGUCGUAUUAUUGACUAAUAGAUGCGUGAUAUUGAUUUGAUCUUCCCCAGUCAAAAUACAGUCUAUGAUUUCUUUGUAAACAGUGAUAAAAAUGAAUGGGCUUCAUGGGAUGAAAAAUUGGGUACUGGUCAAUGGAAACCUGAAAAUAAUAGUCCAUAUCACAAAAUGCUUGUACCAACAACUGAUUAAGUCAGAAACAAGAACAUCAUCACCAGAUUAAUCAGUAAUAAAAACGCUGUGUUGGCUGUAGGAUUGACAGGCACUGGAAAGACAGUUUUAUUGAAUGGAGUACUCCUAUAGAUGUUUGAAUACACUACCAUGAAUAUUGUGUUUUCAGCUCAAACUUCCUCAUAGAAGACUCAAGAAAUGAUUGAAAGUAAAUUGGUUAAGAGAUCUAAAAAUAAGAUGAUUCCUGAUGGCAAGAAAAUGAUCAUAUUUAUUGAUGAUCUCAAUAUGCCCAGAAAAGAUAUUUAUGGAAGUCAACCACCUCUUGAACUUAUUCGUUAAUGGAUGGAUUACGAAGGAUGGUUUGAUCGUACAAACAGAGAGUUGUUCAAAUUUAUUUUAGAUAUUCAAUUCGUAUCAGCUAUGGGACCUCCAGGUGGUGGUAGAGCUGAAAUUUCAACAAGAAUUCAAAACAAAUUCCAUGUCAUCAAUUUUGUUGUGCUUUCAGAUCAAUAAGUCAAGAGAAUCUAUUAAUCAAUUUUGGCUUAUAAAUUUUAAGAAUUCGAAGAUGAAAUCAAAUUACUCAUUGAACCCAUUGCCUAAGCCACUUACAACUUAUUCUAGAUGGUCACAAAUAACUUUUUGCCUACUCCUGCCAAAUCUCAUUAUGUCUUCAACAUGAGAGACAUCUCCAAAGUCAUUUAAGGAGUCUACUAAUUAGACAGAUUGUAUUGUGAUAACAAAAUGACUGUACUUAGAUUGUGGGCACAUGAAUGUCUAAGAGUAUUCCAUGAUAGACUUAUUAGUGUUGAGGAUAGAUAAUUAUGCAAAUAAUUGAUCAAUGAUCAACUAGUCUCAUGUCUUCAAACCACAAUCAAAGAAUGUACUAAUGAAAAUGAAGAUGACACAGUCUUUGCUAAUUUCAUGGAAGAGAGUGGAGGCAAAUACAUCGAAGUGACAUACAAUGACAGAGAGAAUCUGAAGAAAUUCUUGGAGGAGAAAUUAGUUUAAUUCAACACUGAAAACAAAUCUAAGGCCAUGAACAUAGUUCUCUUUUAAGAAGCCGUCCAUUAUAUUUGUAAGAUCAAUCGUAUUAUUAAUUUGGGUAAAGGACACGGAAUGCUUGUUGGAGAAGGUGGUGCUGGUAGACACUCACUCACCAAAUUAGCCACUCAUAUUGCUGAAUACAAGAGUUGGUAGAUAGAAGUCAGUAAGAAUUACAGAAUGAAAGAGUUCAGAGAAGACAUCAAAAAAUGGUGUGAAGAGGCAGGAUUUAAGGGAGUAUCUGGAACCUUCAUUUUUAGCGACAAUCAAAUUGCCAAUGAGGGAUUCAUUGAAGACAUCAACAACAUUCUCUCCGUGGGUGAGGUACCCAAUCUAUUCAGUCAAAAGGAAGAUUAUCCUUAGAUCAAAGACAGAGUCAGAAAGCAUUAUAGAGAAGAAAACAAAUUAGACAAGGAUGCUAAAAUCCAAGAGGAAGACCUCAUCGAAUAUUUCUUCACAAGAAUUCAAAACAAUUUCCAUCUCAUGAUUUUGAUGAGUAAGACUGGAGAGAAUCUAAGAAAUUAUUGUCGUAUGUAUCCAGGUUUGGUUAAUAAUACCACUAUGAUAUGGUUUAUGCCAUGGCCAGAAUAGGCUUUGGUUGAAGUGGCCAACAGAUAUUUGUUACAAUUAAAGUUGGACGAUGAAUUAACUGCUAACAUUGCCAAGUUCUUUGGAACUGCUCACACCAAAGUACUCUCUUUGAGUAAUAGAAUGUUCCAAGAAUUAAAAAGAAUCUACUAUGUUACACCCACUAAUUAUAUUGAAUUGGUCAAAGGGUAUAAUGACUUAUUGGAGAAGAAACAAAAUGAAAUUGGUGGUGAAGUUCGCAAACUCACUUUGGGAUUAUAGAAAUUAGAUGAUGCAGCAGCUAACAGUGAAGAAUUGCAAAAGCAAUUAUCCAUUUAUCAAAUUGAAUUGGCAAAGAAGAGUAAGGAUUGUGAAGAGUUGAUGAUCAAAAUAGAGAGUGAAUCAAGAGAUGCAAAUGAGAAAUAAGUGGAAGUGGAAACCAGAUCUGCUCAAGUGGAAAAGGAAAAGGCUGAAGUGGAGACUCUGGCAGAAGAAGCACAAAAGGAUUUAGAAAAAGCAGAACCUGCUUUGAGAGCAGCUGAACAAGGGUUGGAAUAAUUAGAUAAAUAACAAUUGGCUGAAGUUAGAGCUUACAGUAAACCUCCAAAUGGUGUCGAUAAUGUCUUGUAGGCUGUCAUGAUUAUCAUGGGUAAGGAGGCAACUUGGGCAAGUGCCAAGAAGGAAAUGACUGCUCCUGAUUUCUUGUAACAAUUAAAGAAAGUCGACAAGGAUCAUAUCAUGAAUAAGACUCUAGUUAGAAUUGAGAAAAUCACUAGUGAUCCUGAAAUGCUUCCCUCUAAGAUUGAUGCCAUUUCAGUUGCUUCUGGUACUCUUUGGAGAUGGGUUUUAUCUUUGGAAAUGUAUGCUAAAGCAUUUAAAGACAUCGAACCCAAGAGAGCCAAAGUCAAGUAUUUGAGAGAGAAAUUGAAGAAGAGUGAAGAUGAAUUCCAAUAAUUGCAAGAGAACUUCUAGAUUUUGAAGUAGAGUAUUGAAAAAUUGAAGACAGACUUGCAGAGAGCAAAAGAUGAUAUGGAAAUGUAUACCAGAGAAACUUCAGUAUUGGUUAACAAAUUGGAAAGAGCAGAAAAGUUGAUAUCAGGAUUGGCAAGCACCAAAGAAGGUUGGGCUAUUAGAAGAAAGGAAUUGCAAGGAAAGCUUGAAGUCUUGGUUGGAGAUGCCUUAAUGACAGCUGCAUUCUUGAGUUAUGCAGGCCCAUUCCCAUCUGAAUAUAGACAACAAUUUGUUGCUGAAUAAUUAAUUGGAUAAGUCAGAUACUUAAAAAUACCCUACUCCAAAGAUUGGAAUUUCCCUGACUUCCUAGUUAAGCCUGUUCAAUUCUUAUAAUGGAAUCAAUAAGGGUUGCCAGAUGACCAAUUUUCUAAAGAAAAUGGUGUUUUAGUCACUUAAGGAAGAAGGUGGCCAUUGAUGAUUGAUCCAUAAGUCUAAGCCAACAAUUGGAUUAAAAAUAUGGAAAGAGCCAUAAACAAAAACAAUCUUAAAGAGUUAGAUCCUUAGAACGAAAAGAUGAUGAGCAUAAUUGAAUCAGCAAUUGCAAGUGGAUAAAUCGUGAUCUUAGAAAACAUGGGAGAAGAUUUGGAUCCUUCUUUGGAACCAGUCUUGAAUAAAUAAUUGAGAACAGUCAAUAAUAAGCUAAUGAUGUACAUGGGAGAAAAAGAAAUCUUGUACAACUCUAAUUUCAGAUUCUACAUGACUACUAAAUUGGCUAAUCCAAAAUAUAAGGCUGAAACCUAAACAAGAGUCACUUUAGUCAAUUUCACAGUGAAAUAAAAAGGUCUGGAAGAAUAAUUGAUUUCAGUUGUCAUUCAAAUUAUGGAAGCCUAAUUAGAAAAGAGUAAGAAUGAUUUGGUCAAUAAGAAAUCUUAAAAUGAGAUAACUUUACGUAAGUUGGAUGAUGAUAUUCUGAAGAUGCUCUAGGAAAUCAAAGGAAGUUUGAUUGACGAUGAAAAUCUUAUUGUUACCUUAGACAAAUCCAAGGAAACUGAAGAAGAGGUCAAGAAGCAAAUUGAAACCUCAGCUGUUUCAAUGAAGAAAACCUUUGCAGCAAGAGAAAACUAUCGUUCAUUAGCCAGAAUUGCAUCCAAAUUAUUCUUUGUCUUAAAUGAUUUUUCACUUAUUGAUCACAUGUAUCAAUUUGCUUUGUCCAAUUAUAUUGAGUAAUUUGGCGAAAAUAUCAACACAUAUCAAAGCAGAGGAGCAUCCAUAAAUGACUCUUUGCAAGAGAAAUUAUCGGAUAUCGCAGCUAGACAUUCUGAAGAAAUUUUCAAAACUGCAUGCCGAGGAUUAUUCGAGAAGGAUAAACUCUUGUUGGCCAUUUAAAUGGCUGUGAACAUCACAAGUGAAUUGAAGAGUUAGAUUACAAUUGAUUUAGAGGAAUACAACUUCUUUUUGAGAGGUGGAGAUCCAAAUGCUGAUAGAAAGAAUCAACCUCACAAUCCAAUUUCAGAUUGGGUCACUGAACAAUAAUGGUAAGCCAUUUGUGAUUUGGAUAAAUUACCAAACUUUACUGGUAUCAUCAAUGCUUUCACUCACAAUGGCAAAGAAUGGAAGAAGUGGUAUUUGAGUCCAACUCCAGAAUCAGAUUCAUUGCCAGGUGAAUGGGAUCAAAAAUGUGAUAGUCUUAAGAAGAUGAUCUUACUUAAAAUAAUCAGACCUGACAGAGUUCUUUUGGCAGCAUAAGCAUUUGUUAAUGCAACCAUGGGAUAAUUCUAUACCUAACCACCUGCAACUACUUAUGAUUCAAUUUACAAUGACACCACCAAAAAUAAGCCUGUGAUAUUCAUCUUGUCUCCAGGUGUUGAUCCCUAUCAUUAAUUGGAGUAAUUUGCCAAGAUGAAGGAUUGCUAGUUGUUACCAGUGUCCUUAGGUUAAGGUUAAGCUUAAAAGGCUAUAGAUAAAUUAUAUGAAGGUAGCAAGGCUGGUCUCUGGGUGUAUUUGGCAAAUUGUCAUUUGAGUUUGAGUUUCUUGAAAGAAUUAGAGAAAUGCAUGGAAACUCUGAGGUAAUCAGAUGCCACAAGUGAAAAGUUCAGAUUAUGGUUGAGUUCUGCUCCUCAUCCAAAAUUCCCUAUUAGCAUACUUUAGAAGUGCCUAAAGGUGACUACAGAACCACCUAAAGGAGUGAAGGCUAAUAUGAAUAGAUUGUACACCAAUAUGUCAUAAUCAAAAUUUGAUCCUUCAAUUCUUUCACAGUAGAAAUUGACCAAUCAAUUACAUUAUAUGAAAUUAGUGUAUUCACUUUGUUGGUUCCAUAGUUUAAUUAUUGAACGUAAGAGAUUCAAAUCUAUGGGAUGGAAUGUUAUCUAUGAUUUCAAUGAUUCAGAUUGGGAGACUGCUGAUAAUAUUCUUUUGAUGUAUGUUGAUUAGACAUAACAUGAUAGUAAACACAAUUAACAAUAGUAAUAAUAAUAACUUGGAUAACAACAAUAAGAUUAACCAGUUUAGAAGAGUCCUCCUUGGGAUGCAAUCAGAUAUCUAAUAGCUGAUGUUAUCUAUGGAGGUAGAGUGACAGACAAGUAUGAUUAAAGAUUGUUGAAGGUGUAUGCUAAUAGUUUCUUCUAAGAUAAGAUUAUUUUUGAAGAGAAAUAUAAAUUGGUUGAAAAUUCUCAAUACUAUUAUAUUCCAGAGGAAUUCAAACCAAAAGAAAGCAAGAAUGAUAAAAUUAGCAAUCAUGUAUUGUUCUACAGAAGUAAGGUUGAAGAUUUCCCACCAGUGGAGAGAGCUGAAGUGUUCGGCUAACAUAUUAAUGCUGAAAUAUCCUCUUAGAUUGCUGAUACAAAUGCUCUCAUUGAUUCUAUCAUCUCAUUAUCACCAUAAUCUGUGAAGGCUGGUGAAGAAUCUAUGGAAACCAAAGUGUAGAAACUCAUUCAAGAAACCUUAGGCAAAGUUCCAGAGGAAAUUGAUAUGCAAGAAGCAAUCGAGAAAGUCAGACCAGGAGAUCAAAACCCAUUGAAAAUAGUGUUGAUGUAAGAGAUUUCCAGAUACAAUAAAUUAUUAAACACAGUCAGAACUUCACUCAUCAAUUUAGACAAAGGUCUUAGUGGUCUAGUGCUUAUUUCAGAAGACCUUGAGACCAUCAUGCACAGUCUAUUUGAUAACAAAGUUCCUCAAUAAUGGAAAUUCUGUUAUCACUCCUUAAAGCCUUUGUCUAGUUGGAUUAUUGAUCUUGAGAAGAGAGUAGCACAAUUAAGAAGUUGGAUCAAAUAAUAACCCAGUGUCUUUUGGAUUUCUGGAUUCUCAUUCCCUACUGGAUUCACCACAGCUUUAUUACAAUAGAGUGCUAGAAAGGUCAAUACUCCAAUUGAUCAAUUUGGAUGGGAAUUCUCAUUCCUCCCACAUGGAUCUGAACCUCAGGCUGCCAAAGAUGGUGCAUAUAUUCAUGGUUUAUUCCUUGAAGGAGCAAAAUGGGAUGAAAAGAACUAUAUAGUAGAUGCUGAACCCAUGAAAUUACACGAUUAAAUGCCAAUCGUCUUAUUCAAACCAGUCAGCUAAGAAGGUAAAAGUAAAUCAAAGAAAGGUAUAAAACUAUCAUAUAUGUUUAGGUUAAAACUUUUAUUUAUGUCCUACAUAUUAUUAUUAAGUACGUUGUGGUGUCAUGGAAAGACCAUCAUAUCAGUUUGAUGUUAUGUUGCCCUGCAAACCUAAUCCAGGCCAAGCUUCAAAUGAAGAAGAUUUCUGGAUUAAAAGAGGUACUGCCUUACUAAUGCAAUUAUCAGAUUGAUUAUAAAUUAUGCAAAAAAUCAAAAAUAUUUAUCAAU